AAGGAAAAAAAAGAGAGAAAGAGAGCGAGAGCGGAUCUAUUCCCUCCUCCUGCCUCUGCAGCAGCAGCAUUUAACAGCCGUCGGUCAGUGUGCACUCAGCGCCGCUUAGCCGCAGAAGCAGCUCCCCUUUUCCCGGCUGUCUUCGGUCCUUUCGCCCCCCCGAGAUCGGAAGGAAAGGCCGGACGAGCCCGGCUGCUUGCCACGGGACGCGAAGGCUGUCAAGCGGUCUUGCUGCUCUCUUCUUGGAGAGUUGGAAUGUGUAGUGCAUUUCUGUAAAUUAUUAAGAAGCAAGGGAUUCCAAACAGUAAAGCUGAAGGAUGCCAUCUGAAGUGUGCCUCAGUAUUCAAGAUAUGCUGACUGGUCAGAGACUUUGCCAAUCCAGUUCUCACAAUGAUACAGUCCUGGCAGCUCUGAAUCAACAAAGAAAUGAUGGGAUACUCUGUGAUAUAACUCUAAUUGCUGAAGAACAGAAAUUCCCUGCUCACAAGGCUGUGCUAGCAGCAUGCAGUGACUAUUUCAGAGCAAUGUUCAGUCUUUGUAUGGUUGAAAGCUGUGCAGAUGAAGUGAAUUUACAUGGCAUCACAGGAAUAGGUUUAAAGCAAGCUCUGGACUUCGCAUACACCGGACAGGUUCUGCUGGAGCCAGGAGUGAUUCAGGAUGUACUUGCUGCAGGAAGCCAUCUCCAGCUGCUGGAAAUGCUUAGUUUAUGUUCACAUUAUCUUAUUCAGGAGUUAAAUAGCUUUAAUUACUUGGAUCUCUAUAAACUUGCUGAUCUUUUCAACCUCAAUCUGCUGGAGAAAGCCGUGGUUGAUUUUUUAGUGAAACAUCUCUCAGAACUACUAAAUAACCACCCUGAUGAAGUCCUGGCGCUGCCAUAUUGUCUCAUCCAAGAAGUUUUGAAAAGUGAUCAACUCACGUCACUCAGUGAAGAACAAAUCUGGCUGCUAGCUGUGAGAUGGCUAGAACACAACUGCCGAUAUCAGUACAUGGAUGAACUUCUACAGUACGUUCGAUUUGGGCUUAUGGAUGUGGAUACACUGCAUUCGGUUGCCCUCUCACACCCUCUUGUCCAAACUAGUCAAACAGCAACAGCGCUGAUCAAUGAGGCUUUGGUCUAUCAUCAAAGUAUCUAUGCACAGCCUAUUUGGCAGACCAGAAGGACGAAACCUCGCUUCCAGUCAGAUACUCUUUACAUCAUAGGUGGAAAAAAACGGGAAAUAUGCAGAGUUAAAGAGCUACGAUACUUCAAUCCUGUGGACCAAGAAAAUGUUCAUAUUGCAGGGAUUGCAAAUUGGAGUGAGCUGGCUCCCAUGCCAGUAGGAAGAAGCCACCACUGUGUGGCUGUAAUGGGAGAUUUCCUCUUUGUGGCAGGUGGCGAGGUUGAACAAGCCACUGGCCGCACAUGUGCAGUACGGACUGCUUGUAGAUAUGAUCCCCGUAAUAAUUCCUGGGCAGAAAUAGCUCCAAUGAAGAAUUGCAGGGAGCAUUUUGUACUUGGGGCUGUGGAUGAAUUUCUCUAUGCUGUGGGAGGCAGAAAUGAGCUACGUCAAGUUUUGCCAACUGUUGAACGAUACUGCCCUAAGAAGAACAAAUGGACUUUUGUUCUGUCCUUUGACAGGUCCCUUUCCUGUCAUGCAGGAUGUGUUGUGGAUGGUCUUCUUUGGAUAUCAGGAGGAGUGACAAACACGGCGCAGUAUCAGAACAGGCUAAUGGUGUAUGAUCCAACCCAAAAUAAAUGGCUCAGCCGCAGCCCCAUGUUGCAGAGAAGAGUCUACCAUUCCAUGGCUGCUGUUCAAAGGAAACUCUAUGUUUUAGGGGGCAAUGAUCUAGAUUACAACAAUGACAGAAUUCUUGUCCGCCACAUAGACUCCUACAGCAUAGAUGCUGACCAGUGGACCCGGUGUCAUUUCAGCAUGUUGACAGGCCAGAAUGAAUCUGGAGUGGCUGUACACAAUGGCAGAAUAUAUUUAGUUGGCGGCUACUCAAUUUGGACAAAUGAACCCUCAGCAUGUAUCCAGGUGCUGGAUGUUAGUAAGGAAGGAAAAGAAGAAGUUUUCUAUGGGCCUUCCCUGCCUUUUGCUUCAAAUGGAAUUGCAGCCUGUUUUCUUCCUGCUCCUUAUGCCACAUGCCCAAACCUGCAGCCUUUGCAAGUGCCUCAUCAUAAGAUGGGCAAUGUGUGAGAAAAGGAACCUGGCCACAAGAGAACAAGCUACUUCAUUCAUCCUGAUUGUGUCUUUACAUCAACAAAAUUGAAUGGUUGUGGAAUCUAACCUUGUAUUAAGUGCAGUAGAAGCCAAAAAGCAACAAAAGGUGGCAGAAUUACACCUGUCUCUGGACUUCAUGACCAUGUUUGCCUAUUAAGAAUCUUUAUCCAAGUAUUCUGAAAAAACAUUUUUUGCACUUUAAUCCCUUGCUCCUGUUUCUGUCAUUUUCACUGCCUUGCAAAAAAGUAUACAAAGAAAAUUGAAAGAAUUCUACCUUUCAAAAUCUGGGUUAACAAGCUACAAGCGCUUGGACUGUUGAAUUCUUGAAGUUUUUUUCUUUCCUUGGCGUUUCGUCCUUGGAAUUAGAAAUGUUGAAAAUUUGUGUCAACAACUCUUACUUGCAAAGGUGCUUGUAACUUACUGGCUAUUUCUCAUACUUGUCUCACAGAUCAGACAGGGGAUAAAAACGAGUCACAUAGAUAUAAUUUUACUUGUAGAAAAGGCAGGCAUGUGGCACUAUAAAAGAAGUCUCAUAAAGCCAGAGUUGCAACAGGACUUGCUACUUGGACCAUAUAUGUCACCUUGCAUUGUUGUUUCCUAGGUGAUGUCUGUUAACCAUAAUUUUUUAUCAUGUUGGAGAAAAUAAAAGUUUAAUUUUAACAUUUUUAGUUGUAACAGCUAAUAUCUAAACAACAUCCAGAAUUUUUCAAAUUAAAAAACUUGUUUAGGAAAUAACACUUACCAAACUUAACAGAGUAAAUUUUAAAGGACUAAAACUGUAAGUGAUGUACAAAGAUGUUGAAUUUAAUUUGAUGUAAAUUUGAGAGGAUCUGUUUCAAGUUUGAAAUGAACUAGAUCAACCAAUCCCAGAAGCAAUUUGAGGAUAGAGGUUUAUAGGGUGAUUUAAAAAAUCAUUUCAAAUUUGGAGGAAAAAUUUGAACUCAAGACGAAAUUUCGAUUUUAUUUGAAGCGUUUUGCAUACCACUGUAAAGCUGAUUGCUGCACGUUUCAAGCUUUUUCCAAAAAGAUUCAAAAUACAUCUUGUUGGAUUAUGUUUUUAUCUUUCCCAGCUUUUGAAGCUAUUUUGUGUAGUUACUAGUUUUAUGAUCCAGGUCUUAGGUUUUCAUAACUGCAAAUACAAAAGACAAUAUUUUUGUUACUCUGUUACAUAUUAUUUUGGGCUUCUGUUGUUUGAUUGUAUCGUUGCAGCCAAAAAAACCAAGCUAAGACCAAAGAAGUGUAGCAAGAAAUGCAGUAAGUGUAAGAUUGGCUGGGUAUUCACUUCACAAACAAUGAAAAACACAUUCUCAGUGCUUUCUCACUAUGAAGAAACCCAAGUUAAUUUAUAACAGCAGUUGGCGACCUUCUAAAUUGCUAAUCAUAUGCCAUUUUAGUAAACUGUACCUGAAAGUGUAGAAUUAUCAUCCAAAAUGUCACAAGUUUUGUAUUUUUCAAAACCAAUAAUUUGACAUAAUGCAAGGGGUGUGUGAAAUCUCUUGAAAACCUAAUGUCAUAAUUAUUUAAACCUAAAUCAAAAUGAGUGAAUUUAUGGAGAUUGGGGGUGGAAAAUGCCAUAUUACUUCCUCACAUUUCUCUGUGGUCAGGAACAUGGUGUGUGGCCAGACAUUUGGUGCAUAGAACAUUCCCCAACAUUUUUUGGCAGAUAAUUUUUCUAACACCAUCUUGAAGCACAGCAGCCAGCUUUACAUCCAAAUAUCUUAUUAGAUCUUCAAAUAACUGCAACAAAUAUUCUCUUCAAGGAGCAAUGAUGAUUAUAAAAAAGAGAGUAAAAACAUGGCUGUAAUUUCCUAUUUUUCUUCUUUUUAAAAAUAAUCCUCUCAAGUGUUAGUAUGAGCUUGAGCUCAAUCUGAAAAAUCAUAUAUGUCUCACAAUAUUUCCAGUUGUUUAGGCAUUAUAAUUUCAUAUUACUGCAUUAUGAAUUUUUAAUUCAUUCAAGAGUCACUUAGGUGAGAGGGAAAGUAUAGAAAUGUGAUAAAAUAAUUAAAAUGGAUGCCUGAAUCUUGGGGGGGGGGGGGGGGGGAAACUGCCAUUUUACACUUCUCACAAUCUGUUUCAAUAUAUGCAGGAUAUCUACAGUAAUAUUUUUUAUCAUUAAUAACUUCAUGACCAAUUUCUUACAUAUUUUGACAUUUAUUUGAGAUACCACAUUGAUAAUUGUGUGCCCACUGCAAAUUCAUAACCUGCAUGCUUGAUUAUGCUGAGGUAUAAAACAAAUCAAUAUAUGAAGAAUUUCAAACAAAUGUGCCUCCAUUCAACAUCACUGGUAUAUGUGCAUAGUCUA